ACUUGAAGCAACAAGAAAAUUAACAAAGAUGUUUCCUUUGAAUGCUCUCUGUUAUGCUUGCAAAGAUCCCAUCUUUUUUGUCAAAGAUUGUGUCUUGUGAUAGACCCAUAUCAUAAAAAAAAAAAAAAAAGAUUUUCUUGUUUUUGUUUGCUUUGAUUGAGGAAUAAUUUUGAGGGUUUGAUUUGGUUUGGUGGGUGGGUUGGUAUAUAUUGAUUCAUGGGCUUGUUUGUGAUGUCAAUGUUGGAUCAUCAAGAAAAAGGGGUUCUUGAAAGUGAUGAUAUGAUGGUGAUCAAUGGUGAGAAGAAGAAUGAUGGGUGUUUUUUGAGUUCUUGUUCUAGAGAUUCUUCUUCUAUUGGGAAGAACAGUGAUGAAGAGAAUGAGAAUGGGGAUGAGGAGGAGGUGCAGAGUAGUUAUAAGAAAGAGGAACAUGGCUCUUUUGAUUCUUUGCAAGCUUUGGAGGAGGCUCUUCCCACAAAAAAGGGAAUGUCAAGAUUUUACAAAGGGAAGUCAAAGUCGUUCUCCAGAUUAUCAGAUGCUUCCUUGUGCUCGUCCAUCACUGAAAUAUCCAAGCCUGAAACGCAGUAUGACAGAAGAAGGAAAAAUUCGCUGGCAAAAAGUCUUGUCAUUGAUAAACACUGUAGUUCACUGCUCAAAACCAACGCCAAAGUGUUUAAGAAAUCCAAAUUCAGCAACUCUAGGCAGAGCACUCUGGCAUUGGCUGUUGCGAUGACCAACAGUCCUAAGAACAGUGAUACUGUAGAGAAUCAAGACCCUCCUUCGUAUUCAAGUGUGUCCCCACAUUACUCACAAGUAAGACGAUCUAAGUUUCACAGUUUAUGCAGCACAUCUUUUGCUGAUUUGGAACAAUGUGCUUCCCUGAAGACUUCAGCUCCCCUAUGAUGAUUCCCUUCGUCGGAACUAGGGGAGUCCGUAUAGCUAAAGUAUAUUAAGUGAGGUUUAUGCAUCUUGCCUUUGCAUAAUUUGUAGUUGAGAAUUUUCCGUCAGCUUUGGUUUUAACAUUAAGGCUACAGGCUCUUACAGUUUGUCUAUAUCUGUUCUCUUGAUCAGCUUCUUUGUCCUUGAAUAUGCUUGAAUGAAAAUGGACUACAGAGAUUUAGACAUUGAGUUACA